GUGACCAGGGAGUUAGCUGAGAAGGUUUCUGGCUGUGGGAGUUAUUAAGGAGUGGAAGUGGUGCGGCGUAGGGCAGCAUGUGGAGUUGGUGUGAGCUUAAUAUAAGGGCGAUGAGGAGCCUUAGUAGCUUUCUUUGCUGUCUCUUGGGACAGGUUCACUUAGUGAUGGCGUCUCAGGACGCAGCCCUGCCUAAGCCCUUCACAAAAAUAAAAGGUGCUGAAAGAACCUGGGACAAGGCAAGAGAAGAUGAUGGAGGGGGCAAGAUAUCCUGGGUGAAAGAAAGAAAUAGCAUGUGUGACCCAGAUGCUGAAGGCCUAAAUGGAGCCCCUCUAGCCAAGCAGCUGGAAGGAGGAGGAAACCUGGAGUUGUCCCCAUCUCCAGUACAGGGUGAAAAACAUUUGAUAAUGCUGCAGACGGUGCAUUUGAAAGAAGGAGAAGAUGAGCCCCAGGGGGUCAGUCAGUUGAAUAUUCAGCAGCAGAGUGGGGUGCACAUGGUGGUGCAACAAGGUGCAAGUGUCUUGCAGCCUUUGGUAGUAGUGCAACAGGGAGUAGGUGCUCAGCAGAAUCUACCCACAGGUGUAGCAAUAAGUAUACAGGAUGGUGUUUAUACAUUUCAUGACGUGGAGGUGAUGCAGAUUAAUGUUUUGCAAGAAAAAGUACAGGCAAAAGAUGAAGAAAACCUGUCAUUGGAUAAACCCCCAGGAAUGAUACUGAUUAAGAUUGAUAGAAGUAAAGAUCUACAUGCAGUUGAAGGUAAGGUCCAGCAACUGCCUCCAAAUGAAGAGGGAAGAGAAAAGGACAUUUUCACUGUUGAGAAAGCAAAGAUCUUUAGCUGUAAAGCCAAAGAUGAUAUGUCAGUGUCACACUAUGAACACAAAGAGCAAGAAGAACAAGCAGUUAUAAAAAACACUGAGGCUCUAGAAGCUCAAAAAAACACACGGCAUAGGAAAAAAGGGAAAAAGAUGAUCUUCCAUUGUGAUCUGUGCGCAUUCACCUCUCUUAGAAUGUCAAGUCUUAAUCGGCACAUGAAGACCCAUUCUGAUGAAAAACCCCAUAUGUGUCACCUCUGCCUUAAGGCUUUCCGUACAGUUACUCUCCUGCGUAACCAUGUGAAUACACAUACAGGGACCAGACCGUAUAAGUGCAGUGACUGUGAGAUGGCAUUUGUGACCAGUGGUGAGCUUGCACGACACAGGCGAUACAAGCACACUCUAGAAAAACCCUUUAAGUGCUCAAUGUGUAAAUAUUCUAGUGUAGAAGCAAGCAAAUUGAAGCGUCAUAUUCGUUCACACACAGGAGAACGUCCUUAUAACUGUUACCUCUGUAGUUAUGCUAGCAAAGAUACCUAUAAGCUGAAAAGACAUAUGGUAACUCAUUCAGGAGAAAAACCCUAUGAAUGUUAUGUUUGUCAGGCCAGAUUCACACAAAGUGGUACCAUGAAAAUCCAUAUAUUACAGAAGCAUAGUGAAAAUGUGCCCAGAUACCAGUGUCCACAUUGUAAUACAUUUAUUGCAAGAAAAAGUGAUUUGGGUGUCCACUUACGUAAUUUGCAUUCCUACCUGACCGUAGCGACAAAGUGCCGUUAUUGUGAAGCUCUCUUCCAUGAGCGCUAUGCUCUUAUUCAGCACAAGAAAACUCACAGGAAUGAAAAGCGAUUCAAAUGUGAUCAAUGCAGUUAUGCAUGCAAGCAGGAACGACACUUGAUUGUGCAUAAGCGUACACAUACUGGUGAGAAACCCUUCGCUUGUGUAUGUUGCAGCAAAUGCUUCCGGCAGAAGCAGCUUCUAACUGUUCACUUCAGGAAAUACCAUGAUUCCAAUUUUAAACCAAUGGUUUAUGAAUGCCCUAAAUGUGGCAAGGGCUAUUCACGUUGGAAUAAUAUGCAUAAGCAUUCUGAAAGCUGUGGAUUGGUGAGAGCAAAAUCUGUUACACGCCGCAAAGGAAGCAAGGGCAAAAAGAAAAGAUGUGACAGACUAAAACAUGAUGUUAAGCAAGAAGCUGUUGACCUGGGAUCAUUCCAAGAUGUUUCCUUUGUGAACACUGAAUGCUGUGCCAGUGAGAUUGUUCCUGUCGUAUAUGGAAUAGAAACAAGUACUCCGAUGGAGCAGAAAACAGAAAUAACUUGUGAAAUGAUCCUCAACAUGAUGGACAAAUAAUAGAAACACAAGUUCUGAUUUCCAUUGUUAACGUACAGAAUGUCAGUUUGUAUGCUAGUGCAAAGUUUGUAAGCAUGUUAAGGGAAGUAAGCUGUAGAAGGUAUUGGUUUCUUAAAAAGUUGUUAGCUAAAGUUACAUGAAAGCCACAUAUAUUCUAACAUGUUCACAUCAGCGUCAAAGAAAAACAAAUUUUAAAACUAGGCCAUGGAAAAGAAGUAGGUUGAAUUUAUUCAAUUUACUUUUCAUUUUUCUUCCAGAUUUAGUUACAGAAUUACAUACAGUUUUCAAGCAAAUUUAUUCCACGGUAGCUCUGUGCUCCUGUCAGAUCCAGAUCUGUGACUUUCAGCUUGUUUGCAUUUACCUCAUGGUGAGCACAUUAUGAAAGGAACAUUAUUUUGAUGCAAAGAACAUAGCUAGGUCUGCUCUCGGAACACUAAAGAUCUUAACAAAUCUGUACAAUUUUAGCCUAAUAUAGUACUUUUUAUAUAUAUAUAAAUCUGAGAACCAUGAUAUGCAUCUGGGUACCCUGUUAGUAAGUUUAUUGUAACAUUAUUAACUUUACAGUAUGUACACUUUUAAUCUCUUAAUUUUAAAAAAGACACUUUUUAUAACAUAACAACCAAGCCUCAAAACUGGGUGAGGCCUUGGUCAAAUUCUCCUCCUAUUUAACACCAGUUUUACACAGAUGUAGCUCCAUUGAUUUCAGUUGGGGCACUUGUGAUUUACACCAGAGUGGGAGGAAAAUCAGACCCUUGUUUUUUGGUUGAUUAUUAGGACUUUUAUAACCACUUUGUGCUAUAGCUGUCUUGCAUGUAGCUACAUGCAGAUGACUGUAAGAAUGGGUUUAUACUUGGAACUUGAUCCAAAGCAUAUAAAAGUCAUUUGAAAGAUUCCCAUUGACUUAAAUCACUUUGGUUCAGGCCUCUAAUAAUAUAUGCUUGUUUUUAAAGAAUAUGAAAAGUAUUUUAACAAUGUUCAUGGAACAUGCUGUGUGUAAAAAAACAAUGAAAUUCUAGUAGUUUUAGCUUUUUACCAAUUUGUUGGAAUCCCCACUUUUAUACCAAUCUUACUGUUUAGUCUUCAUGACAAUCGCAAAUAGUACCAUUGAUUGAUUUUUUGUUGUUGUUGGUUACAGUGAGAAAAACUAAUUUUUGCAUUAUUCACUUAUUUUUCCUUUCAUUUACAAUUAAUGUUUGAAAGCAUGCUCAAAAUAUAAAAUAUAUAUUUAUAUACUACCAUUUUCAGUGAAAAAAUGCCUUUUUAAACUAGUUUUAAUGACAAGUCAUAAUGAACAAAUUUUAUUUUAAUUAAAAAUACCCCAGCUUACAUUUGAUUUUCAGAUGUGGAGUAUGUUUUAUAUAUCUGGAUUGUUUCUAUGAGCGUUACAAAUCCUGCUGUCUUUACUCUAUCAAAACAUCAUCAUAACUUCAGCAAAGGUUUUGCCUGAAAAGUGCAGAAUUUGGUUCACUUUAGUUGGCUGGCAGCCUAAUUCUAAUGUUUUUAAGGCAAAUAUUUUAACACAGAGCUACACAUACUGUAAAUUCAAACUGAUACCCCACUUAUAUUCUGCGCGUAGACCUAAUUAUGUGCUAUAGGUUUUUAAUUAUCCUUUUAACAAUGCUUUUGUAGCCAUGACAAUAAGAUUCUUCUGUUCCGUGCAUUCCAAGUUAAGUGAGUUUAAGUAUUCACGUCUGAAAGAACACAUACAUGUUUUUGUUACUUUUAAGAGGUUAAUAAAUGGAUGUUUAUUUUCAAUCAAUAUAGUGUUAAGAACUUUAUCCUGUCCUUUACAUGGCAAGUAUAACUAGAUAGCUUGUAGCAGCUACGCUACUUUGAAACAAGGCCGAUCCUGUGACGUGCUGAGACUCGAUUACCAUUGAAAGUGGGAAAGCAACGUCACCCUCUUGUACGCCAACACACAUCUAGGAGUUAAUGGUGGUGAGCAGCUCACCAAGGCACUUGUCAUCUGCAGACUGGAGUACCCAGGUUAACGAGAUACAGAGUGAUGCAUCCUACCACAGGACAGGAUCAAGUCCUUAAACAGCUAGUGAUAUAGCUAUUUAUUACAGUAGCUACAGCUUUUAUAAUGCAGUGCGAUACCCCAUCCAGUUUUGUAAUGAAAGUAAUUUAGAAUCAUUGGGAAGGCGGUGUACUUGAAUCAGUUAACCUUGCUAGUUUGUUUAACCUACAUUACAUAAUAACAAUGUUAUGUGGCUGUUCAGAUUCAUAGUCUUGUGUUCAUAUUCUGUGGCAGUUUGUCUAAUGAUGAUGCUUACCUAUUUCUAAUAAGCUAAUAGUUAAUACUGAUUACUUAAAUUACCUAACAAGACCUAGGUUUUAAGAAUGGUUUUGUUUCUAUUAUGAAAGUGUGAAUGGUAUUGUUUGCUUAGCAUGCUCUAACGUUAACAAUCUUCAUCUGAAAAUCAGAACAUUAGUUUCUUUGUUUAAAAUUCAUAACAAUGUUGUGUAAA